AUGGCACCUGUCCUUCCACGACAGUUCUAUCACUUUCCUCCUCCCCCUCAACCGCCAAAAGAACCACCGGCUACGCCUGUCCAUGUUACGAGUUUCAUUAGCCUCAAAGUACUACUCGAGCUAUUUACCGGGACAAUCUGCAUAUUUGUGAUUGGUGUUCUUUUCUGGAAGAUUGGGAAAUUUGUCCGAUCCCUCAGCCGGGGCAAGGUGGUGGGAAAUGGCAACACUCCCACCACUCGGUACGCAAGGACUUGGUACGGCUGGGUACCAUGGGAGCGACAUGAGGCCACUAAGGACAUAUUUCGGAAAUGCGCUGCAAAGAUCAGUGAGUGGACAUCAUGGAAGUCUUCCAGAGCCGACUACCGUUGGGUCUGGUGGGACCCAGGCAACAAAGAGCUGGAAAGGCAUUAUCAAAACCAAAGGCCACUCCGAUGGCUGCCCAAAUGUCUUAGAAGCUACAGGUUCACGACAGCAGAUGAAAUCUGGAACUCUGGCCACCCAGAUGGUCAUAAU